AUGGCUGCAGAAUACGAGAGCGAUCCAGGAUGGCAAUAUCUGAGGAGAAGUCGCGAACAAAUGAUUAUGGACCAGUCCAUUCCAUAUGACACCAAAAAGAAUUGCUGGGUACCGGAUAAAGAUGAAGGUUAUGUUGCCGGCGAGAUCGUCGCUACGAAAGGAGAUGUUCUUACUAUUAUGUGUGGCGGAACUGAGAGAACCGUGAAGAAGGAUAUGAUCUAUCAAAUGAAUCCACCAAAGUACGAGAAAACCGAAGACAUGUCCAACUUAACAAUCCUCAAUGACGCUUCCGUACUGCACAAUCUACGUGCACGCUAUGCAGCAAUGCUCAUCUAUGUUAGUUCUUGUGCAAUCCAUAAUCGGAGUUACUUUAAUGCUUGCGAUCUUCAAACAAAAUAUUACCCUGAUCCUCACCAAUUUCUUGCGUUACUGCAUCGCUAG